AAUGGAUUCGUUGUUGUACUAAAUGAGUUGUCUAUCAAUUUAUCAACUAAAUUGUAUCCAAUUUCCCGAACUGCUUCCCCUAGCCUUUCUUUCGUGUUCGUGUUGCUGCGCAACUAAAUUAAUUGACGAUUGUUUCGCCAAACGAAAUUUGCAUGAACAGAUGGUGAAUAGAAGUGGUUUUAUGUCUCGUUGAUCGGUCACUAGCACUGGCAUCCGGCGCGUGUCUGAACGUGUUGUCCGAUCGUACUAAAACCGAUCCAUUUACGUACCCUUUUUGAGGGGUGAACCGUCACACAGCUUCACCUGCUGCUGAUACAGUUUCUAAUCCUACGAUCAAUGGACAGGAGGUUCACCUCCCUGUUUAUUCCGGCCGAUGUGCGUCAUUAACAUUGUGUUUUCUUCUGAACGCACCGAUCUCCUUUUUUAGUGACGAUCUGAUAGAAACAGAUCUGUCUGUACAAUGAAGGUGACCGAAAAGAGAAGUUCUGGUAACAAUUCGCCAUCCAUCCGAGGGUGGACAAAUCGACAACUAGUUAUACAGUUCCGUUCCACACAUGGGAAUGGAAAAUCGGACAUUAGAGUCACCAGAAAAGUGCACGGAGAGCACAUUGUGGAGGGUGUGCGAAAUUGGAGCUAGAAUAACAACUCAUUUUUGACCGAUGAAUAACAUAUUAAACGACAUGAUUGUGAGGCGCGCGAAGUGCAGGGUGGGUGGCCUUAUAUUGCAAAAUUGUAACACGUGCUCUAGCACUGAGGGGGUGGAUUGGUAUUGUCCCAUGCGCUAAUGUGGUUAUGUGAUAGGAUGAAUUACGAUGCCACGUUUGCUUCCUGCAGUACACGCAUAUUGUACUCGUUUGCUGUAAACCCCCAAUGUCUGUGGUGAGGCCAGUCACGAUUGAGUGCGUACCGGCGGACCGGUGGCGCACACAAUACCCGCCGUUUCGAUAGUUUGGGUUCAUUAUUUACGGCCCAUCAUCGCCAGCAGCACCGUGGCUUAGUGUGGUUUGUGUAGGGGUUACAAUCAAACGCAGUACUUGUGUCAAGCUGGGUAUGCCAAGCCGGAGAUUAAAUAGUUUCCAGCAACAAAUUCUAUUAAGGACAAUAAAUGGAAUUGAAUGCUCUUGGUAGCAGCUGUGUUCGGAGGGUACGGAGUGGAGUUUUUCGGAAAGCAAUUUGGUAAAACACGUUACACGUCUGAAUUCCUGAAGGGAAGUUCAGUAGUAGUUAAGCGUGAAGUAAAGCAACUCGCACGGUUUGCUCAUACCGUAUAGAAACGUUUCGCAAAUCGAAAACUAUUUGAAUUCAGCAAAAAAGAUACAAAAAAACCGCAGCAAUACUACCAGCUAGAAAGGGAGCGAAAGUCAAUUUAGGGUACAGAACGAUGGCCCGUCACUUUAUGGCAGUGUGUGUCGUGUGUCUGCUCUGUGCGGAUCAUGUGCCAUGCAAGCAACAUUUUUCCAACGAUGAUAGUAAAUCGCUCGAUACCGCUGGCCGGUCGGAUGUGAGAACACGCAGCAUACGAUCACUAACCAAUCUGCAGUACGAACCGUCGAUAGUCGAAACGUUAAACGGUGUCCAGGCGAGCAUCGAUGAUUGGAACAGCGACGAUGGAACCCAUCGGAUAGUAAAGCGACAUCAACACCAUCACCACCAUCACGACGAUGAUGAGGAAACGGAAAAAGAAACGCAAACCGAGUUUGAACGGUUGAUGAAAGACAAGAUGGAUCAGGCCAUGAGGAAAAUUUUCACCGAAUACGGCAAUCCUACCCUAAUGACCAUGGAUUUGCAAGGUUUCGAACGGAUGGUGCAUCAGUUGGGUAUGUUACGACUGUUACGACCGAAAGCAGCAACAACAGAGGACAGUGAACAUAGAGCGCAGGAUAAUAGUACCAGUGAAUCAACAGUGCAGCAGGUGGAUUCUCUAAAGUGCAUUAGCAGUAAUGAAUUUCUACGGCGCGUUACACCACCGAUGAUACGGUCCCAGGAAUGGGAGGAUGCAGCUAAAAGUGAUAAAAGUAGUUACGAAUCGGAAAAAGAAGGCAGCAAUAGCACGAUUAACGGUGACAGUAGUACUUCCGUUGAUGGGCGUAUCGUUAAGGACGACGCAGCAAAACUUAUUUUAUCAAACGAUAAUAUACAAAACAUUAGCGUAAGCAACAGCAACACUAAUAGUAAUAGUAGUAGCAACACUAAUAGUAGUAACAACAGCAGUAGUACCAGCAGUUCCCCAACAAAAGAUCAACUGCUCGUGCAAAUCGUUGUACCGGACGAGAAGAUCAAUGGGAGUAGCCACAACGAAAGCACUACGGCGGAAGGUCCCCCACGCGUAGAGUCAACGCUUAUGCUGGGUGAUCGCGAUCUUUACAACAUGUGUCCUAUGUUGCUGGGGCAUCUCGUAUCGAUGGUGCCGCAGGAACGAUCCGGUUGCUUCGAUGAGGAAAGUGUUCCACCGCUGCAGGUGAGCAGUCUGCAAGAGCAGAACGAUCCUCACCAUCAUCAUCAUCAUCACCACCAUCAUCACCACGAAGGUGGUUCAUCUGAGGCGGCCGUAUGGAUCUACUCUUCCAUUGCGAUAGUGGGCGUGAGUUUGUGCGGAUUGCUCGGUGUGGCCGUGAUACCGUGCAUGGAGAAACAUUUCUACCAUCACGUGCUACAGUUCUUGGUCGCGCUGGCAAUCGGUACGCUGUGUGGUGAUGCACUGCUGCAUCUGCUACCGCACGCCAUGCUGUCCUCGCUGGAUAACCCUAAAGCGGCACACGAUUCUAUGAUGUACAAGGGCCUCGCGGCGGUGCUAGGGAUCGUGUUCUUUUACUUUAUGGAGCGUUUCCUUACGGUGAUCGCGGAAUGGUGCAAGACGCGACAGAAAAAGGACAAACCACCGUCCCGGGUGCGUGUGAUGCGCGAUCCGGAGUCGACCUCGCUGCACGCUUCCAGUGCUGGGGAGAAACAGUGCAAGCACAAGUACAGUUCCUACCCGUACUGUUACGAUGAGAUCGCGAUGGACACGAAGGACGAUCAUCACGAGCAUAAUACGGGCACGAACGAAAACCACAACAGUGCGCUGGCAAAGUGUGCCAACCAUCAUCACAACGGAGAGGUAACUGCGGACCAUAGUGCUGAGUAUGCGGCACUGAACAAUGAUCAUUCGCAUCACACGCAAAGCAAUCAGCGGGAGGAAACGAACGAUAAUAAUACGGUAUCUACCAACUUGGACGAAGGAUCGAUCGAGGGCGAGCAGGUUAGGCAGGGUGGUGGCAAGUGUUUGGAGCAAACGAGUGGGAAACUGCGCCCGGAGAACUAUACGAUCAUCUUGCGCGAACACGAAACCAAGCACCACGGACAUUCGCACACGCACGGACACGUUCAUUCGCCGCCCGGUUCGCUGUCGGCUGUCGCAUGGAUGGUGGUAAUGGGUGAUGGGUUGCAUAACUUCACCGACGGCAUGACGAUCGGGGCAGCGUUUGCGAACAACAUUGCUGGCGGUUUCUCGACCGCAAUUGCCGUGUUUUGUCAUGAGCUGCCGCACGAACUCGGCGACUUUGCGGUGCUGUUAAAGGCGGGCAUGUCGGCAAAGGAAGCGGUCUAUUACAAUUUGCUUUCCUCCUUGCUCAGUCUGCUCGGCAUGGUGGUGGGCAUUAUUAUUGGCCACCAGCCGGAAGCAUCCUCCUGGGUGUUUGCUGUUGCGGCGGGCAUGUUCCUGUACAUCGCGAUGGUGGAUAUGAUUCCCGAACUCACUUCAUCCCACGGUGCGGAGGAACGGUGCAAAACAUCCGAAUUUGUAUUGCAGUUUCUUGGUCUUACGCUUGGGUUCAGUAUCAUGAUGGUAAUAGCUAUGUACGAGCACGAUCUGAUGCUGCUGUUUGUCGAUUAAGUUUCUCACGGGAGAAUUGUAGAGCACAAUGCAAAAGUUACAGAGUUAAACGAUGAACUCAACCACUCCUCUUUAGCGUAGCGGUUCAUGAUCACAGUUCCUCGACGCAUAGCGUCGUCCUCGUGCGCUGCGGAGCGUACACCACUGAAAGUAUACAUCCAGCAGAUGUCAAAGCUUGUCUUCAAGCUUGCCAGUUUCUAUCAUUAACUUACAUAGACAUCAACGGCGUCUAAGCAUAUAUACCUGUACAGUCAAGAUAAUGGCUGCGUAAAAUGAAGGAAAACAAAAUACGAAAAAGAAAAAAAAACAAAAAAUUUGGCACCCUGUCUCGCGCUAUCUCUCAACCGUUUUAACAGGUUAAAUUAAAAACAAAUCACUAAGAUAGAAAACAUAAUGGCAAACAACAAUAUACAGUAGCGAGCGCAAGGAAGAUGGAAAGCUUCUUCCUACGUGUAAGAAUAAUGUGAUCAUUGCGUUAAAGCAGAAUCAGAAGCAUUGUGUCCGUAACCAAAUAAUCAAGAAUCGAGCAGAAAAUGGAACUGAAUCCUUAACAAACAAACAAGUAACACGUGCUCCAUUAAUUAACGCCAGUAAAAAUGGCUAAUUCUUGUACAGUACUGCAUCAUCACGAUUCUCGUUCUCUAUCCCGUGUAGUCGUGUAGUGAUUGAGCUACGGAAACAUUGUAAAUGUAUCCAUCAUGCUCACUCUAUACUUAAUCGUUUAAUUUUGGGCGAUUGGGUUUUCAUAGUUUCCCUUUCAAUAGCAUGUAGAGUGGUAGGUUUUCUAAACAAAACAAACAAACAUAAAAACCAAUACCGAAUUGCUUUUUCAAGCUCAGAUAACACGAAAAGUAUUACCAAAACUUAUUGCAUGUUACAAAAAAGAAACACACAAGAACAACACACACAAGCAUACAUAAAAAGUGGAAGAUAAGGAAAUCGUGUAAAACAUUAGUGCACCAACUGGUGUCAUCCCUAUUGGGAUUUGGAUUAUUUUUGUUUUGUAAUCUUAAUUAUUAAGUUCCCUUUUGCGUCGUUUUUCUCUAUCUGCCAGUUAUAUUUAAGGUUUGAGUACUUUGUAAACUUUUGCAUCGCGCUUAGCACAUUUUUUGAUCGUUGAUAGAAAUUUUUAAAUUCAUUUCUUGCUAACCACUCUGUUUAGCUUGUCCAAUUGAAACUUAUUGUCUCCAGCUUGAACAUCGUACUUAAAUGGUACUUUAAUAUAUAUAUUUUUUACGUCAGGCCAUAGAAUUUUAUAAUUGAAGAACCGAGAAUAAUGUUUUGCUUCACAUCUGGCACUAAACUGAACGCCGUCGUGCUUAUGAAUUGAAUUACCCAUAGAUGAACAGUCAGUGCUGCGUAUGCUAAUGCGACCAUAUUAUUCGACCGGCCAAGAAUAACUACUUAUAGAUUUUUAUCUACAAUCAAUCUGUCGUAAGUAAAGCAUUUCUCUUUACCUGUACAUAGCACCGUUCUAAUAUGAAAUCUUGAAAGGUGGCCAAUUUCGCAACUCGUUUUAGUAAUCAAUGCUAAUGCAUUUGGCUAAUGCGUGCGUACGUUAUUUGAUGCUGCGCUUUUUACUUACAAGCUGUUUUGUUUUCUAUUUUCAACAAUACCGCGUAACGAAGCUAUACAAUGUGCACGGUAGCGCAGAUAGAUAUAGUGCUGCUAAUAUCAUCUGAGGAAGGAAGCAGAAACAAAAUCAGCAAACACUAUACUUUAAUUGAACACUAUAGUCUUAAGUAGAAUAACAAAUGUUGGUAGUCUUUUGCGUUGUCGAUGUUUUCUGUUUUAUUUUUCUUACUACGAUUUUUUCUAUCUAUUUUCUUUUUAACGCUUUCGAAAACAAUGUAGCGGGCAAUAAUAAUAAACUCAAAACCAUGGAGUAACAAACAAAAACUAUAA